AUGCUCCCACUUACCUCACUAAUGUGUCACACUUCAACAGCAUCAACUGACUUAUCACCUUAUUAUGGUUUAGCAAUGGCCCCCUCUCAGAAGCGUGACAAGACCAAUAAUAAUCAUUCCAAAGGACCAUAUGACCGACCUCAGAAUCGAAAAAAGUCACGAACCCCACAUGUCGACAAGAAAUUCAAACCUAAAAUCCCCGGUCACCAUUAUCCUAACAACUACAUGCGUAGUUCAAUCUGCGAUCAAUACAUCCGACAAUCUUUACACCAAAUCACACCUGAAGUUAUUGAUUAUGACAUCGCAGUUGCUUAUUUCCUAGAAGAAACAGAUCACCUUCCCAUUGGGUGCAUCCCUCAAUCCGUCGACAAGAUACUCUUUGAUUUAAAUAAUCUCCGAUCUGUCACAGGUAGACAAGACGAUCUCCGGGUGUGCGCUUUACAUAUAAAAUCAACAAUCGAUUCCUACAACUUAAACCCCGGCCAUCAGAAACCUUUUGCUCUUCGGUAUCCAACCCUCAAAGCUUUGAAAAUCCUCAUCUCUGAACGAUCCAAGUCUUUGCGUGCACUUCCUUCUGAUAAGGCGGUGGUACUUGUAGAUUUGGCUGGUCAAUUGCUUGUCAUGAAUCUACCACCUCACUCUGCCAAAAAUUCGAAUCAAAACAAUUGCACUUCACCUGAAAACAGCGAUAGUGACACAAUGUCAGGUUAUGACAGAGCUCUGAAUGCUUUCGAAGGUGCUGCACAAGUACAUGCCCUUCCCGUUUUUGAUGAUGCUAUGAGAGAAGAUUUGCCCUCUAGUGAUUCCAUACACCCGCGUCUUUCUCGGGCAAAGAACAAGCCUGUUCAAUGUCCAGGUGCUGUGUAUGGAUUCAUUCCUUACGAGUCUUUUGGUUAUAUAUUAGGAUCGAAACUUAAUAGGCCAGACACCAAGAUGCAAUUGGGCAUGGAACGCCAAGGAUAUACGACCGACGAUAUUGGAGAGGGUCCCAAAUCCGACCAGCACCUGCCUCAGAUUUCGGGACUUGGGGAGGGCUGUGUAUUCCAACGAAUUGAGAAUGGUCGCAUCCGCCCAGAGCUCCUGUGGCCCCAGGAGAUCUCAAGAGUUCUCAAUGCAGCAGUAAACCCCGAGACUUACGCAGCAGCCGAGCGAGUCACAACCUUCUUGGAAAAAAACUCUGGCCCGCUGCUUGUCGAGCGUAUCAAAGGACAACAAAUUAGUUACAAUAUGCAAGUUGGAACCCAUCGAGAUGGGAAGAAUUCUAACCUCCUCGAUUCGGUUUUCUUUUACGGUCAAAACUACACUGGUGGCCGCUUUUUGUUUGGCUCGCUUGGUGUCAGCCUGUGUGCUGAUCCUGGCUACUCAAUACACGCACGCUUCAAACUUUUGGAUCAUGGCGUAAGCCAUAUCUUACAAGGCCCUGAUAUCAAGUUGCCGCCUUUGCGAAUAUCGCUUGCGCUCUAUGCUCAUGCUGAAACCUAUGCUGGCCCAGCCAGAGUUUCGGCCGCUCGCAGAGGUAUCAGUAAGGCUCAGUUCAGUGAUUCUUUGCUGUGGCUUCCAUUUCCUCCCCCCAAUUUUUCUAUAACCACAUGCCGUACGCUUCUGCGAAAGGAGGAAGAGUCUUGGAAGAAGAAACGCAGGGAAGAAGCAGUGGGUAAAAUCUUGUAA